UAAACUGUCAAAACAGUUUUACGAAAACAAGGAAAAUCAAAGUAAAAAUUCAGUCAUCGAAAGAAUCUUGCGCAUGACGUGAUUGUCAGGUGUUUGAUUACACUUCUGGGGAUUUCACAAAUAACUGUUGUUUGUCUUAACAAUGCGAUAGCUGAAAAUUGUAGUGUACUGAACGGUUCUUUAGUGUAAACGAUAAAAAUAAGAAUAUAGCAAAAAUGGACAUUUUAAAGGAUUAUGAAGAUGCUGACACGAUUAGCAUAGAUACUCUAGCUUUGGAACAAAUGGUUCUUCAAGAAAGAGCAAAUGAAAUAAAAGCAUUAAAUGAUUUAAGCAAGAAAGUGAGAUUCCUACACACGGAUUUGGUAUAUUAUAGACACCCAAAAUCUGAAAUGGGUGCAGCAUGUUAUUUACUGUGGAAAAACUUGAUCAAAAAAGUAGGUGGAACUCCAAACGGAUGGCGAGAUUUAGGCAGUUCUUUGGGUAUCACACAAGAUGAUUUAGAUUACAUAAUGCACUCAGUAAAAGAUGACCCAGUUGACAUGGUAUUAAAAGUAUUCAGACAAAAUGAUAAUGCUACAAUAGACAAAAUAGUUGAUGUCUUCAUUAAACUGAAUCGGUAUGACAUACUGAAAUCAAUAGAAGAGCCACUGUGUAAAAUAACUCAGUAUUUUAAUAAAGAUGACAGUGGUUAUCAAAGCAAGAGUUCUGAACAAAGGGGCAUAGUGAGUCUGAAGAAUCUGCCCAAUGACUUGCCCGCAGCUUUGAAUAAAAAUAUAGUCAAAGAUAAAGGUCCUAAUAAGCCAAAACAACCAUCAUUACAACCGUCUGCAACUACCCAUGAGUCUAUAGAAAAGGAUAGCCCAGUUCUAUUCUUGACUUACACAUAUGAUGGAAUACCAACUGCAAUAAAUAUACAAGAGUAUGUUGAGAAUUGGGUGGAUGUCCCUAAUGUUAAAGUUAUAACUUUGAAUAACAAAAAGGAUGAAUUAUAUCAGAACCCUGAAAAGUAUAUCCGAGAAUACUUUGAAAGUGCUGAUAUUAUCAUACCAAUAAUAACUACAGGAUAUUUAGAUGAAAUCAAGUCACAUAAUCCUACUGUUCCCAACACUUCUGACAACUUAGACCAUAAAUAUGCAAAUUUUAUUUAUAAUUUGAUAGUCAAUCACUAUAUUUAUGCUACUGGAUGUCUCAACAAAAAAGUAAGAAGUGUUUUACCACAAAAUUCCAAUGUUGAUUUGUUUCGUCGCAUAGUACUCUAUCCAGACUUGAUGCCAUGGACUUAUGAAACUAAUUUUGAUGAACAAUUCAAGGCCUUUUUGAAGACCAAUGCCUAGUAUGAAAACAUAUCAUGUUAUUUUUUUUAUCAUAAGAGUAUGUACCUGACAUCAUUGGUGUAAAUAAAUUGCAUUUUAAAUUAA